AUGGUGCUUGAUAUAAACAUUUUCAGAUGCCCGGAGGGGUUAAAUGCCAUCAAAAAUUCGGAAUAUGCUAGAGGAAGAGAUGAUACCAAUGUCAGAUUGGUUGUGGAAGCAGACAUUGAAUGGAGGAAGGCUGAUUUCGACUUAUCACAACUUAAAAAGGAUGUCAAUUCACUAAACAAACAAAUCGCAAUUCUCAAGAAGCAAAAUGCCCCUGAAUCUGAAAUAUCCCCUUUAAUUGCCAAUUGCGAAACUAAAAGAAAUGCAAUUAUAUCAUUAACUACAAAUGAGCAUAAUACGAAAAAACUUCGGGAUAAUAUUUUACAAAAAAUAGGAAAUAUAAUAUGCAAAACCGUUCCAAUUGGAACUGAUGAAUCUAAAAAUUCCGUAAUUAGAACUUGGUUCCCUAAUGGAGACCCUACUACAAAAACUAAUACCAGAAUCCUGCAACACCAUGAAAUACUUAAAAAAUUAGAUUCCCUGGAUUUAAAGAAGGGCGCCGAAAUAGCUGGUCAUAGAGGAUAUUUUUUGAAAGGAUUUGGUUGUUUAUUAAACAAUGCACUAAUAAGUUAUGGCUUAUCAUUUUUAUCAAAAAAGGGGUAUAUACCAAUACGAACUCCUGUUUUAAUGAAGAAAACGAUUAUGGCCGAAUGUGCCGAGCUUAGUGAUUUUGCAGAAACUUUAUAUUGUAUCCCAUCAAAUCAUGAUGGGAAUGUCGAAAAUGAUGAAAGAGAAAAUUUAUAUCUAAUAGCAACUUCUGAACAACCUUUGACAGCUUUGCAUAGGAAUGAAACUUUGAAUGGAAAAAAACUUCCUUUAAAAUAUGCAGGAAUUUCACCAUGUUUUAGAAAGGAAGCUGGGGCCCAUGGCAUAGAUACACGGGGAAUAUUUAGAGUCCACAACUUUGAUAAGGUAGAACAAUUUUGCAUAACUUCAUGUGAAAAUUCGGAAGAAAUGCAUCAAGAAAUGAUAAAAGUUUCUGAAGAAUUUUACCAAUCUCUCAUGCUACCGUAUAGAAUAGUAAGCAUUGUUGCAAGUGCCUUAAACAAUGCUGCCUCAAAAAAAUAUGAUUUGGAGGUAUGGUUUCCAGGAUACAAUAAUUAUAGAGAAUUAGUUUCAUGCUCCAAUUGCACAGACUACCAAUCUGUAUCCGUUAAAACCAAAUAUACUACUUCUCAAGGAACUAAAAAAUAUGUUCACAUGCUGAAUGGAACAUUGGUAGCAACACAAAGAUGCAUCUGUGCAAUUGUAGAAAAUUUUCAAGAUGAAAAUGGAGUAAGAAUACCACCAGUACUUGUUCCAUACAUGGGAGGAAGUGAAUAUAUUCCAUGGCAAUCAAUUUUAGAUUAG